ACGGUAUGACUAAUGAUGGUCAGUUUCAGAUGAAGUUUUGGGUGUGUGUUUCUGAAGAAUUUGAUCUAAAAAUUAUUAUCCAAAAGAUAAUAGAGUCUGCAAUCGGGAAGAAGACAGAAUCAUUCCUUCAAUUAGAUUCAUUACAAUGUGAGCUUAGAAAGCAAAUUGAUGGAAAGAAAUAUUUGCUCGUCAUGGAUGAUGUGUGGAAUGAGAAAAAAGAGGAAUGGUUACAUCUGAAAAGAUUGUUGAUGGGUGGUGCAAAGGGUAGUAGGAUUUUGAUCACGACAAGCAGUGAACAAGUUGCUAAAACUUUUGACUCUACUUUCGUCCAUCUAUUACAAAUUUUGGAUGCGUCCAAUUCUUGGUUAUUGUUUCAAAAGAUGACAGGUUUGGAAGGACGUUUGGAUAGUCAAGAGGCUGAGCAUGAUCAAAAGAAUUCAAAUUUUAUCAAAAUUGGCAUGGAGAUUGUGUCAAUGUUAAAUGGAGUUCCACUUGUAAUAAGAAACAUUGGAGGACUUUUAAAAGAUAAUAAGUCAGAAAGAUUUUGGUUAUCUUUCAAGGAUAAGGAACUUUAUCAAGUUUUUAGACAAGAACAAGAUGCUCUAAAAGAAAUGCAAUUGAUUCUUGAGCUUAGCUAUAAAUAUCUCCCAUCGUUUAACUUGAACCAAUGUUUUCGAUAUUGUGCUUUGUUCCCCAAAGAUUAUAAAAUUCAAAAGGAUGAACUUAUAUUACUAUGGAGAGCACAAGGUUUCAUUCAACCAAAUGGCAACAAUGACGAUAAUUACCUCGUUGAUAUUGGUGAUGAUUAUUUCAUGCAGUUAUUAUCGAGGUCAUUUUUUCAAGAGUUUGAAAAAGAUGCUUCGGGAGAGAUAAUGUCAUGUAAGAUGCAUGAUUUGAUGCAUGAUCUCGCUUGUUCGAUAGCAAAUAAUGAAUGUGUGCGUGGACUGAAAGGAAAUGAUAUCGACAAAAGAACUCGUCACUUUUUUUUGGAAGGACGUAGUCAUGAAAAUCAACUUAUGGGAGAUUUAUCUAAGGCAAAAUAUUUGAGGACAUUUUUUCGUCAAGAUCAUUAUGGCGUUUAUUCACAAUGGGAGAACUUCAGAGAAAUAAUCUUCUGUAAUAUUUUUCGAUUGCGAGCAUGGCACUCACAGUUGAUUGGUGGAAUCGAAGAUGUAGAGUCUUUGGAGUUUAUUGGCAAGUUGAAACAUUUGAGAUAUUUGAGAAUUAAGAAUUGUACAGUAAUUAGUACAGAUCUUCCAGAUUGCAUUAUGAAGUUGUACAAUUUAGAAACAUUUAUCUUUCAAAGUCAAGAAUUAAAAAGUCUACCCAAUAAUGUAGGAAACUUGAUCAACCUUAAGCAUUUGGAUCUCUCUUAUAAUUUUAAUUUAAGAUUCCUUCCCGAUUCUAUUACUGAGUUGUGUAAGUUGGAAGCACUUAUACUUAAGAGUUGUCGUAAUUUAAAAGGAUUGCCGAAAGAAAUAAAAAAUUGCAACAAUCUUAGGCGACUUGAUCUUUCUAACAAUUGGAAUAUAGAAUUCAUUCCUGAUUCUAUUACUCAGUUAAUUAAUUUGGAAACACUUAUCCUUUCUUAUUGUCGAAAAUUAAAAGAAUUACCGGAAGAUACUAAAAACUUGGUCAAACUUAAGCACCUUGAUUUGCUGGGAUGUUUGGCUCUCACUCAUAUGCCAGAAGGAUUAGGUAAGUUGACUAAUCUUCAAACAAUGAAUAGAUUUGUGUUGGGAAAUAAAAAGGGUGGUGAGUUAAAGGAGUUGGAUAGACUUACCAAAUUAAGAGGAACAUUAACCAUUGAACAUUUGGAAUUUGGUACCAGUAUUGUUGAUCAUAAAAUGAAGGGUAAGUUCUUGCAACUAAAGUCUGGUCUUCAAGAGUUGAAGUUACAUUAGGA